CGUGAUGCUGGUGCGACAGAGCUGGACAUAUAUACAAUUAAGGACAGUUCCGUACGUGGGAAUUUCCUACUCUGUUUUGCAGACAAUGGUUGCGGCAUGACAACAGAUGAGGUCAAAAAUGUCAUAAUAUUCGGGAAGUCACUAAAGAAGUGUGAGGACAGUGCCGCCAUAGGUAUGUAUGGGAAUGGCUUAAAAUCUGGUUCUAUGCGAAUUGGAAAGGACUUGAUUUUGUUCACCAAAAAGGAUGGCAUAUACACAUGUUUAUUUCUCUCAAGGACUUUCCACGAAGAGGAGAAACUUGAUGAGGUAGUUGUUCCUAUGCCCUCGUUUAAAGGCACAGAGAAAACUCCUAUUGCGGACACUCCUGAAGAGAGGAAGAAACAUGAACUCGAAAUGUUUAUAAUUCUGAAGUAUUCGCCAUUCCGCUGCACGAAGGAUUUCUUCGCACAAUUCGAUAAACUUAAAGAGAAUUCAGGGACCGUAGUGAUUAUAUACAAUAUGAAGCUUCUCGACCAUGGAGGACCUGAGUUGGAUGUAACUACAAAUACCAGAGAUAUACUUCUUAGCCCUGGUUCAGAACAAGAAGAGACCGUUGAACGGGAUGCAGAAGUUAUGCUCCCACCUGAAAGACGCAGUCUUCGGGCGUAUGUAUCAAUUCUCUAUUCUGACCCUCGUAUGAAGGUGUAUUUACAAGGUCGGAAAGUACAAACCAAAAGACUACUUGCAACGCUACAUAGUGCUCGAAAAUACAAUUUUGCUAGUAAAACUUUUCGUACCAGAGCUGAAGCAGAUUUAGCAAAAGCUAAAAAUGAUGUGAGAAUAGCUGAGCUUCGUGCUCAAGAGGCAGAAAGCAAGGCUCGGGAUUGUGAACUUCGCUACCAAGGCUCUGAAGACCCUGAACAUUUGCGUCAAAUACGUCGUCUUAAAAAUGCUGCUGCCGAGCUACGUUCAGCUGUGGAAAUGAAACAGAAUAUUGUUGCAAGAAAAUCAAAAUCAAUCAAGGAUCCUAAGACGCUUACAUUUUAUUUCGGUGUAAAUGUUAUGAAUCGUGCUUGUGAUGGUAUGUUUGUUUAUAAUUGUUCCCGUUUAAUCAAAAUGUACCAACGGAUUGGGCCACAACAAGAUUCUAGCAUGAUGUGCCGUGGUGUCGUUGGCAUUGUUGAUGUCCCCUAUAUGGUCCUUGAGCCCACACAUAAUAAACAAGAUUUUGCAGAUGCUAAAGAAUAUCGUCAAUUAAUGCGUGCAAUGGCAGAUCAUUUAAUGCAGUAUUGGGAUGAUCUUGGAAUCGAUAAAGAAUCAGAUAGUUUAAUACGAUUUUGGAAAAGUUUUGGUUAUUUGUCAGCACGUUGGCGGGAUCCACCUAGUAUAGAGGAUAAAUAUGCCCGUCGUCGUUGUUGUUCCGUUUCUAUAUGUGUCCAGUGUGAUAAAUGUCUAAAAUGGAGAAUACUUCCGUUCUCACAAAGUCUUGUCGGACGAGAUGUCCCAGAUAAUUGGCAAUGUCGAGAUAAUACGGAUCAUAAGCAUAAAAAAUGUGAAGAUCCCGAAGAAGAUAUGAGUCCACCAAUGGGAGUUCUUAAGCGAAAAAUUAAAACGAAAGAACAAAGACAAGCAGAACUUGAAAAACAAAUCCGCAAAAAACAAGAGGAACUUGAAUUAAUUCAAGAUCCUGAUGAUGAAAAAACUGAUGAUUCCAGUGCCACUUCUAACCGUAGUAGUCGGAUGAGUGGAUCUGCCAAUGGCAAAUCUCCACGUAAACGGCCUUCUCAACCACCUCCACCUACUGCAGAUCCUCCGAACAAAAAAUCUACUCAUGCUCCUCCGCCGCCACCGCCUCCUCGUGCUAUGACAGUUGCUGAUAAGAAACAUCAAGCUGCUGGAUUAGCAUCAUCCAAUGGUCCUUCAUCUUCAACAGUUGAAAAGCGUACUGGUUUACCGUUACCAACAAUUAAUCAACGCCAACCACGUCCUGGUGGAUUAGUCCCUAAAAUCCCACAGCGUAAUUCAAUUGCUCCUAAAGUACGCAGAGUUACAACAGCUGAAGAUGAAAGCAGCAAUGAAGAGACUAGUGAUGAAGAAGAAGACGAGGAGGAGGAGAAGGAGAAAGAAGUUACUAAGCAGACAACUCCGAAAACUAAUCGUAACAAACUAAGUACUCCUCCAUCAAAAGUGAAUAAUCCUGUUGUUGCUGCAGCGAGUAGUUCAACAGUACCGAGUACUUCUCAAUCCCAAGAGAGAAAUACGUCGAGAAGCACUGAUAAAGUAAAUGGAAAGAAGGCUAGUAAAACGGAAAAGAGUCCUGUACAAGAUGUAAUUACAGUGCAUCAUCGAAACAGAAAUUCAACGGAUCGUGAUAAUAAUGGUGAAGUAGCAUCGAUUCCAAUGAAAAAAGAUCCGCUGGUAAAUGAGAAUUCAGUUGGAGAUAAAACAACAGAGGUGAAUUCCUCUUCAACUGUAGUAACCUCUUUUCCCUCAGAAACGAAUAUUGCAAUGAAUAGAAAAAUCCAAGAGAAAUUCAAGGUUUGUUUACGAUAUUUCUUACCGCCGUCAUGGUCAGUGGAAAAGGAUAGAAUCCAUACACUUACAGAAUCAGAUCUUGCAAGCUUCCCUUUAGAAGAUUUCUUUGAUAGAUAUGAACAAGGUCUUCGAAAACUGUUAACCUCCUUCCGAAAGGAAACCGCAGUAGUCACAGAUCAACUGACAGAAUUACGGUCCAAUGUUUGUGAAUUUCUGAAGAAAUACGAUCCAGACUUCAAAGAACCCUUGAAUAAUAUCGAAGAAGUGGAUAAUUAUCUGAAAAAUUUCCUUGCAAAAAGUUGA